AUGGCUGAUGCAAUUGUUUCAAUUGUCUUGGAGCAGCUGACUUCUUUUGCUGUUCAAGAAAUAAAAGGUGGGGUGAGUCUUGUGACGGGUGCUGGCAAAGCGGUUGAGAGCCUACCCAGCACUCUAGGAACCGUCCAGGCCGUGCUCAGGGAUGCUGAAGAAAAGCAAGUGAAGGACAAGGCUGUGAAACUUUGGUUAGAUAAGCUCAAAGAUGCAGCCUAUGACAUGGAAGACGUUUUCAGUCAACUCGAUUUUCGUCGUAGAAUUAGUCUUGAGAUUAAGGAUAUAAACGAAAGACUAGAUGCUAUUGCCAAAGAGAAAGAUAGGUAUAGUUUUACUAUUAGAAGUACUGAACAACCUAUUAGAAGUACUGAACAACCUCAACGUGACCCAACUACCUCCUUUGUUGAUGUUUCUGAGAUUUAUGGUAGAAAUGAGGAGAACGCUACUUUAGUAAGCAAAUUGUUGGGUGAGAGUACUAGUCGUGAGGGUAGAAGCCUCCAUAUCAUCUCAAUUGUGGGCAUGGGAGGUAUGGGUAAAGCAACUCUAGCUCAACUUGCUUAUAACAAUAAUGAGGUGGUAAACAAAUUUGAAAAAAGAAUGUGGGUCUGUGUAUCAGACCCUUUUGACGAGUUCAAGGUAGCCAAGGAGAUCAUUGAGGCUCUAACGCGUCGUCCCUUUAAUUUAGGUGCAUUACAAUCUGUCUUAGAGUCUAUUAGUGAAUCAAUUGAGGGAAAAAAAUUUCUUCUUGUCCUAGAUGAUGUAUGGACAGAAGAUUAUGAUAAAUGGGUACCAUUGUACAAUUGUUUAAAGAAUGGUCAUUAUGAAAGUAAAAUUUUAAUUACCACACGCAAUAAGACAGUUGCACAAGUGAUGAAAUCAAUUGACAUCAUCACUAUUAAUGAAUUGCACGAAGAGUCAUGUUGGUCAUUGUUUAAAAGUUUAGCGUUCUCUAAGAAAUCCCCUGAUGAAUGUGAAGAAUUAGAAGGAAUUGGUAGGAAAAUUGUAGGCAAAUGCAAGGGUUUACCUCUUGCUGCAAAGAUUAUGGGGAGUCUCUUGCGUUUUAAAAAAGGUAAAGAAGAGUGGGAAAGUGUCUUACAUAGUGAAAUGUGGAAACUAGAAAAGUUUGAAGAAGAUUUAUUUUCCACUCUAUUUCUUAGUUAUAAUGAUUUACCAUCUAUGGUGAAAAGAUGUUUUUCAUAUUGUGCCAUCUUUAAAAAAGAUUAUGAUAUAAAUAAAGAUGAAUUAAUAAAAUUAUGGAUGGCUCAAGGUUAUCUUGAUUUGGAACAAAAUAAGGAGAUGGAAUUAAUUGGUGAAGAGUAUUUUGAUAUUCUAGUUGCACGAUCUCUCUUUCAAGAUCUGAAAAAGAAUUAUGAUGAUAAUAGUAUUAUAGGAUGUAAGAUGCAUGAUAUAGUACAUGACUUUACUCUAUUUCUUACUAAGAAUGAGAAAGGUCAUCAUGCAAUGUUGGCGGGUGAAGAGGUCUCAUUAGCUAAUCUUGUCUCUAUCUGUAAUGUCAAAAACGUUACGUAGCCUCCUUAUUGAUUGUCACUGGGGUUCUUUUGAAAUUAAUGUCCACUUUUCAAAGUUUUUAGCUAAAUUGACACAUUUAAGGGCACUAGGUAUUGGAAUGCAAUUUAAUCCUAGAGUUGCUGAAGUUCUAAAAGGAAUUAAAAAACUGAUACAUUUGAGAUACCUCAAUUUAAGUGAUAAUCUGCUAUUGACAGAAUUACCGGAAGUAGUAUGUGAAUUAUAUAAUUUACAAACCUUAGAUAUCAGUGAAUGUCACUAUCUCAAGAAACUACCUCAAAAGAUGGAAAAGUUAAUAAACUUGAGACAUUUGAUAAACAAUAGAAUUGAAAGAUUAGAGUGCAUGCCAAAAGGAAUGGAGAAAUUAACUUGUCUUCGGACGUUACAAGAAUUCGCAGUGAGUGAUAAUACGAAAGCAUGUAGUCUUGAUUGUUUACAACACCUCAACAAUCUUCAUUAUCUGGGUAUAAAAGGGUUGGGAUAUUUGAGAGACGUGGGUGAGGGGCUUAAGAAUAACCAAAAUCUCCUUUCUUUGGAUUUAUAUUUUGAGCAUAAAACAGAGUACUUGGUUCUGCCUAGAAUAAACGAGAAUGAUAAGGUAAUUCUUGAAGCCUUACAGCCACCUCCAAAUUUAAAGAAAUUAAAUAUUCAAAACUACGCAGGCAGCACAUUAUUCCCCAAUUGGAUGGUGUCAUUAACUAAUCUGAGGGUGUUAAGUAUUGAUGGAUGCGUAAGCAUUGAGCAUUUGCCUUCUUUAGGGAAAUUAUCAUCCCUUGAAGUACUCAAAAUAAGGCACAUCACAAAAGUGAAAAGUGUGGGUAAUGAAAUUUUAGGAAUUAAGAGUGAUGACACAUCUGCAAUUGCCUUCCCCAAAUUGAAAUCUCUCACAUUUUCAGGCAUGUGGGAAUGGGAAGAGUGGGAUUAUGAGAUUACAAAGAAUGAUGAAAAAGAUAUUACAAUUAUGCCAUGUCUGCGUUUCUUGCACAUGAUUUGCUGUCCUCAAUUGAAAGGAAUACCAAACAGUCUUCUUCAGUCAAGCACACUAGAGAAAUUGGAGCUUUAUGAAUGCCCUAUUUUACAACAGCGUUGUGAAAAGGAAAGAGGUGACUAUUGGGCCCAAAUCUCUCGCAUCCGUCACAUCGAAAUUUCUUAAUCCGCAAGUUGAAUUCUCCCACCAGCAUGUCAAAUUAUCCAACUCUGUCACUGACGAUUCUUCCUAGUGAAACUUAAGAUGAAUACCAGAAUGAGAUCAGCCAGAGAAGAGAGGAAGCUUUCAGAAUAACAUUUUCACAUUGAUAACAGUUGGGAGUUCUGGAUUGGUUUUCCACCUUCAAUAUAAAGAAAGCGUCAUAUUUAAAGGGUGAAUCAAUUGAUGGAAAAUCCUGAUGUGGAUAAAACAUGCUGAAGAAAAAAGAGGCAACUACUGGCUUGUAUUUUUCAGUCAAUUGGCACAAACCGUACACGCUCUCUGUCAGGCAAGUGUUUAUUUAAUGCGCAGGGUAAAGGAACAAACUCUCUGGUCAAAAUACUGCUUGGAUUAUUCAAGGGACAGGAGGCAUUCAUAAAUUUGUUUAAAAUGGAAUAAAUAGGAAGAUCAGGUAACUCCUUAAUGUGAAUGGUCUUAUUACUAUAUCUUUCAUUUCCAUUUUCAGAUAUUCUCAGAAAUCUUGACAACUUUCUUAUUCAAGAAGCCAAAUGUCAAAGUAUGUACUAUAUGCAAAAUCAGUGUCAUCAAAUGUGUGCCCCGAAACCAAG